GAGGGCGGGUGAGAAGGGGAAGGCGUGAAAAAGGAAAAGUUUAAAAAAAGGGGGGGGGAGCCAAACCCCUCAGGUACAUCUGCUGCACUGUACCUAACCUAGCCACCCGCCUCUCCCCUUUCUGCCCGCCUCAAAGCCCAGGGAGCAGCCGCGGGAAGCGCUGAUUGGCUCCGGGCGGAGCAGGAGGCACGAACAAUGCUUUCUUCCCCCCUUAAAAAGCAGGCGGCGAGGCUGGGCGACCGGGGGGGGCAAGACUACGAGGAGGAGGAGGCGGCGCGCUGGCGGGGGCGCCCGGGGAGCCGCACAGAGCGAGCGCGCAAAGCCAGGAGGUGAGGCCAAGGCCCCCCUCUCUCUCUUUGGCUGGGCCAAACCCAGCCGAGCUGAGGGAGAAAGCAAGGAAAGAAGAGAUUGAUGGUGGUGCCGCCGUUGCUGCGAGGCUGAGGCAAGAGGAGGAAGCAGGCAGACAGGCGCCUUGACACCUCCCGGAGCCGCCCGAGGAUGCCCCGGGGCUUCCUGGUGAAGAGGAGCCGCAGACCCACGCCCAUCUCUUACCGAACGCGCUGCUGCUGCCCGGCGGCGGUGGCGGAGAGAGGCGACCCUGCGCUGCUGUUGGUGCCGCCGCCUCAACCACCCACCUCAGGCUUUGCCUCGGAGCCCCCCGAGCUGGUUCCACCGGCCGUGCCGCAGUUCGGAACGCCCGAAGGCCCCUCCGCGGCCGCCUCCUCUCCGGCGACCCUACACAGUCCUGCGCGGGCGGUCAGCGAGGAGCGCAGCCUCCACCUGGGCUCGCCUGUCUCUGCCGAGUCCUUUCCGGCGCCGGACCCGCUGCUCUUGGGCCCGGGGGGAGAGCUUAAGCUCUGGGCAGUGGCAGCCGCUGCCGCCGCCAUCGCCACCGGCCAGCCCCAGCCGGUGCCCCCGCGCAGCCAUGGGCAGAGCCAGGGCGCAUCAAAGCGGCCUCAGGGCAGGAAGGCCAAGGCGGCCCGGAAACUGCACUUCGAGGAUGAGGUGACGACGUCGCCGGUGCUGGGGCUGCGCAUCAAGGAGGGUCCACCAGAGCCGGCCUCGACGCCUCAGCAGCAGCAGCAGCAGCAGCAGCAGGCGGGCUCGGCCGGCGGUGCCCGAGCAGGAGGCGCGCAGCCGCUGGGCGAGUUCAUCUGCCAGCUGUGCAAGGAGCGCUAUCCGGACCCGCUGGCGCUGGCGCAGCACAAGUGCUCGCGCAUUGUGCGCGUCGAGUACCGCUGUCCGGAGUGCGACAAGCUCUUUAGCUGUCCUGCCAAUCUCGCCUCGCACCGCCGUUGGCACAAGCCCAGGCCCCCAAAUGGGCCCGCCGCCGCCAAGGCCAAGGCCGUCGUGGACGAGCCUACGAAGGGAGGCAGCGGCGGCAGCGGCAGUGAGCGGGAUACGCCGAGCCCCGGGAGCGGCGGCGGCGGAGAGCCGGAGGCCGGCUCCGGAGCGGAGGAGUUCGCCUGCCCGCGCUGCGCCAAGCGCUUCCGCCGUCAGAGCGCCCUGCGGAAGCACUUGCCAGUCCACCACGAGCCGUCUGACGGGUUGCCACAGCAGCCUCAAGAGGGCUGCCCCGAGGAAGUGGCGGCUGGCCACAGCCCUCUGAGCCUGCCUGGGGAGUGCCACUCGUGCCCGGUGUGCGGCGAGACCUUCCCCAGCAAGAGCAGUCAGGAGCGCCACCUUCGCCUGCUCCACGCCGCCCAGGCCUUCCCGUGCAAGUACUGCCCGGCUACCUUCUACAGUUCGCCGGGCCUCACUCGGCACAUCAACAAGUGCCACCCUUCGGAAAACCGACAGGUCAUCUUGCUCCAGGUGCCCGUGCGCCCCGCCUGCUAGAGGGAGCCCAGCUGUGCCUUCGUCUCCAGCACCAUUGCGCCCGCCCCCGACCCAGUUCGUAGGAUGCAGGGGAACCCCUGGACUCUGCAGCCAGCCUCGCCACCUUCCCUGCUCAGUCCCGGGGCCGCUUAUCAACCAACGACAACCUUCUUCCGCUGCUGCUGACCUGUCGGGCUCCCCACUUUCCUACCACUGUGCAUCUGAUGGUGUUCAAGGCCUCUCUCUCCGUCUCCACUUAAGCCCCCUUGAAGGUCCUUAGUCUGGAGCAGCCCCUCACCCACUACUGCACUCGGGGGGCUUCUCUGGAGUCUAAGGGUCGGUUUAAAGAAUCCCUCUCUUCUCCUUCUCCUUCUCCCCCUGCCUCGCCGCCACUUCUCCUCCCCAAAGUCAAUCUUGAGGAAUGAGGAUGGAUGCCUUUACAUUUCACAGGCUAUGAACUGAACUUUACCUACUUGAUUAGCUUUAUUAUGGCUUGUGAACCGCUGGGAUCUGGCUUUACCUUUUCUUUUUUAAAAAAACUUUUAUUUUGUAUGUGAACAAAAUCAAACGGCUUAAAGAUAAAACUUUGGUUAGUAUAGCCACAAAUGCCUUGACUUUAUUGUUGUUGGUCUCCAGAAAAAAUGUUGUAGAAGCUGCCUUAAUAUUAUUACAUGCCAACUUUUUUUUGUUUUUAUUCGUUUUUGAAAUAGAACCAUAUGUUGACGCUCUAUGUGUAUAUGUUGAUUUAUGCGUAAUUGUUAUUUAUUGGUUAUUUAUUAAUUAUGGUGUUUAUUUUGAUGUGCUUUGCCUCUUCCCCACCAACGCCUUUCUCCUGCCAUUUCACUGUGCAUUUUAAGUCUUUUUUUAAAAAGGGACCUGUUGAAAAGGGUUUAACUUUUAUACCUAGAAUACACAUACAACUGCGACCCUUUUAUUCUUGCUUGGAGGGCUCUUGGACAGCUCAGCUUACUUUUAGAUGCAAUCUCUUUUCUACACACAUUAUUUUCUUAACUGUUAGCUAUUUAUAGAACGCUUCGAUAGAACUGUUUUAACUGUAUAACUAUUUACUAUUCAAAUAAAAAUAUUUUCAAAUUCAAUCACA